GGCGUUGUGGAAACCCACCAAUCCAUUCCUAAGGAUGGGAAAAAUGGGAUCUUCAUGGGCUCCUCUCCUUUUUGGUGCCUUUCUUGCUAUCCUUUCCCUAAACUUGCCAUCUACCACCCAUGCUAAUUAUGUCUAUGCCUCGCCUCCCCCGCCUAAGAAGGUAUACUAUCCGCCUCCGGUAUACCAUUCUCCACCACCUCCCAAGAAGUCUUACUACCCACCUCCGGUUUACCACUCUCCGCCACCUCCUAAGAAGGUGUAUUAUCCACCACCUGUGAAAUCUCCACCACCGCCGAAGAAGGUGUACUACCCACCUCCUGUUUACCACUCUCCACCACCGCCGAAGAAGGUGUACUACCCACCUCCUGUUUACCACUCUCCACCACCGCCGAAGAAGGUGUACUACCCACCUCCUGUUUACCAUUCUCCUCCACCACCUAAGAAGGUGUACUAUCCACCACCUGUGAAAUCCCCACCACCACCGAAAAAGGUGUACUAUCCACCUCCCGUCUAUCACUCUCCACCACCACCUAAGAAGGUGUAUUACCCACCUCCCGUCUACCAUUCUCCGCCACCACCCAAGAAGGUAUACUACCCACCUCCCGUGUAUCAUUCUCCACCACCACCAAAGAAGGUUUACUACCCACCUCCCGUGUAUCAUUCUCCACCACCACCAAAGAAGGUUUACUACCCACCUCCCGUGUAUCAUUCUCCACCACCACCAAAGAAGGUUUACUACCCACCUCCUGUGUACCAUUCUCCACCACCACCAAAGAAGGUAUACUACCCACCUCCCGUGUACCAUUCUCCACCACCACCGAAGAAGGUAUACUACCCACCUCCAGUGUACCAUUCUCCACCACCACCUAAGAAGGUAUACUACCCACCGCCCGUCUACUCUCCACCACCACCAAAGAAGGUAUACUACCCACCACCCGUCUACUCUCCACCACCACCGAAGAAGGUAUACUACCCACCACCAGUGUACCACUCUCCACCGCCACCGGUGUACCACUCUCCACCGCCACCCGUCUAUUACUACUCAUCACCACCCCCUCCACACUACUAGGAAUUAAACGCUCUUUAUACCAAGGAAGACGAGAUGAGAAUAUAUUAUUAAGAUGUGGAAGUCAAAUAAGAGUGUGCGUUCAAAGAUUUGAAGAAUAGUGUGAAUUUUAGUUUGGUGUUUCUAUUUCAUCGCAGAUAUCAUAAUUAAUGUAGUUUUUUUUUAAUUAAUGUAUUUCCUUCUAAGACAUAUUCCCAUGUUGUCUUUGUCUCUACCUUCUUUUGCUCAAAUCAGAGCUUAUUAUGCUUUCUUUUAUGUUUAUAUAUCUCAAUAAAUGCAUUCCAACUUUUCUC